GGCUUAAAAAAUGACACCGCCUCACACGCAGAACCUAACCUCAGCCCAUUCCCCUUUCACCCUAUUUGCUGAUUAGACCCAUCUCCCCUCUCCUUUGACCAGCUCUACACCGAACCGCUAUACCCGAUACCACGAACCAGACCAUCUCCCUCUCUCGACAACUUCACCUCCGUUGACCUCAGCCUCUCUUCAUGCCACCUCCACCAUCCCACUCUCACCCAUCUCAACCUCAAGCCCCCGGCCAGACUGCCCUUCCCUUCGAUCACCUGCACAGCGCCAGCGUGCAGGGAUUUAUACUAUUGAUUUCAUCAAGUUUUGCAACUAAAGUUUAGUCAGCCAAUAAAUUCUGUGGAUGCUAGUGUUGUCGUCACACUUGAGAACUACUCUAUAUUGGUUUUGUCAGAAAGAAUGAUGGAGAUAGAAUCAAUUUCCAAGGGAGAUGAGGAUAUUGGCUACAACAGCAGCAAUGUAAAGAAGGCAAAACUGCAGUCAACACUCGCAGCUCUUCUUGAUGAUCCUAUUCUCACUGAUCUCCCUAAGAAACCGACCUUAUCCGAUGUUGAUACUCUCAUUAGCGUUGAAUUGGGCAGUGCUAUGCGCAUCUCCGUCCUCAAACUAGAUGGCACCUUCUUUGAUGUGGCAGUGAUGAAUUCGGCAACAGUCAAAGAUUUGAAGCUUGCGAUCAAGAGGAAAGUGAUUGAAAUGGAGCAAUCCAAGAUGGGUCAUCGCCAUAUUUCGUGGAAGCAUGUUUGGGCAAAUUUUGCCAUAUCCUACCACAAUCAAAAGCUCCUUGAUGACAACUCUGCACUUCAUGGUUUUGGCAUCUGCACUAAUUCUCAGGUUAAUUUUGCCCCCUAUAUCAUGUCAAAGGGUUUUGGAAAGCAUUCCAGGCGAAGAAAACAUCGUUUCUUUCAUGGGCUUAACAACCUUGGCUAAUCACUUGAUUCAUACUGUUUCCCCUAAUGCUGCUACUGCAGCUGUGGAACUCUCCCCGAGUCUUCUUGGCUAACAAGUUUCUUUGCAUCAUGUUGUCCUGGAGAUCGAUUCCUUGUUGCUUGUUCAGGCUAUUCGAGGAGGUACCAUGCGGUGGAUGCUUCUUAUUGGAAUGAAUUGUUGGUAUGUUGUUUUUAUCAAACAAUCAGUGAAUCCUGUCGCUAAUUUGUUAGCUACGGCAGUUAAUUUUGAGUCUGGUUUGUACUUGUUUCUAUUUUAGAUGCUGCUGCUCUUUAUGAUUUAGUUUGAUUAAUGCAAUUGCUGAGGACAGUGGAAAACACGGGAAACUUUCAAUGCCAAAAUCUCUCGUGUCUGCAUUUAUUAGAUAAAACUAUGGCAUUGUUGAA